AUGAGAGCCUCAUCUUUUUCACUCCUUGCCAUCGCGGCGCCCUUGGCUACUGCAUAUCCACAGCAAAGCACACCUACCACGAGGGCAGUAUCGAAUUCUUCCAUGCCCUCCGUUACCUUGGACUAUUCUACUGUCGUUGCAACAGCCGGAAACUCGUCCAUCGGCUACUACAAAUACCAGAAUAUCCGCUUCGCUGCAGUCCCCACGGGUGACCUGCGCUGGGCAGCACCGGAAUGGCCUCCAGUCGAGAGUGUAGUGAACGAUGGCAGUCUCGCUGAUGCAGAUGUCGAUUGCGCUUCUACUGAGGACUGUCUAUACCUGGAUAUAUGGGCACCGGCAGACGCUGCUGGCCGAAAUCUCCCGGUCAUGGUGUGGACGUACGGCGGCGGCUUCACCGGCGGAUCAAAGAGUGAGAACACUCCUGAAGGGCUGUUCGAUCUGACGACGGACUUCAUCUUUGUUGCGUACAACUAUCGUCUUGGAAUGACUGGUCUGGCGAAUGGCGUGACACUGUUACAUGAAGGUGGCACUUCUAAUACGGCGAUUUGGGAUGUGCAGCAUGCGUUCCAGUGGGUGCAGAAGUAUAUUGGCGAGUUUGGUGGGAACAAGGACGAUGUCACUGCUGUUGGCUUCUCUGCUGGUGCAUCUCAAGUUCUGUUCCAGGUGACUCGCUUCGCCGGGCACGCAGAACAAUUGUUCAAGCAGGCAUAUGUCAUGUCUCCUGGAUUCGUCCCUGGCGCUGGGCACCACCACGCUGAGAUGUUCUGGCAAAAUGUCUCAACGUCAGUUGGUUGCAACGGCGGUUCUCUAGACUGUAUGCGGCAAGUAGACUUCGACACGUUGUCUACCGCAGCCAGCGACGUGGAGAGUGCUUAUAACUAUCAAUUCCAGCCGCGCGUGGAUGGAAACAUUAUUGCAGACACUUACGAGGCUCAGCUUUACCAGAAGCAUUUCAACUUCAGUGGCCCCUUCGUCAUAACCCAUGAAGUCCACGAGAUGAACAGCCAAGACUACAGCGGCGUCAACACCACCGCCGAUGUCUCUACAUAUCUACGCAUCUUCUUUCCCGCCAUUACUGACGACGUCGUAUCUGAAGCGUUGGAGCUCUAUCCAGAGGCCGACUACACCUCUCCAGGCCUACGAUUUUCCGACAUGAAGCAAAGCUUCGAUCUGACAGCCCACAAUCUAGCACUGACCCAGGCCCUGGACAACCAGACAUGGAACGCGCUUGUUGCUCUGGGAGCAGCAACUCAUGGGACGGAUCAGAAUUACUACUGGUAUAGCACAUAUACCCUGUCCUCUUCGACAAAGACUUCAAGCAACUCCACGAGUAGUGCCCCUACAGCGAGCAGCAACACUACGAUGUCCACUGUACCAGGAGGAGCGGGUGGUAUGGGUGGUAUGGGAAGCACGACAGUCGAUGCGACGGUGGCCAGACAGAUGCAGAAGUAUUUGAUGUCGUUUGUGUUGACGGGAAACCCUAACUCCCUCUGGAGCAGUGACAAGUUAUACUGGCCGCAGUACACAGCGGGAAAUACUUCCACCACAGAGCUAGUGUUUAACACAACGAUGUAUCUUGAAGAAGACAGUUUGGCGAAUGCGAGGAGCCUUUUCUGGAAUAAGGUGUUAUGGUAUUAG